AUGUGUGUGUGUGUGUGGGGGGUAUACUACGUGCGUGUUUUCCUCUCAAGUAGCACGCCACUGCUGUUCCCUCCUUCGCGCCUCUGGCUUCGUUUAUAUAUGCUUUUGCGAGCCGACAAGGCGACCGACGACGACGACACAGUGAUGUAUAAGGGCCAGGAAACCGUUUCCAGCUUGGCACUUACUUUUUUUUUAGGUUUUUUUUUUGGGUGUUUUUUUUUUGGUUUUCCCAAUGUUUCCUUCGCUGCUGUUGCUGUUGCUGUUGCUGCUAUGUGUUGCAGCACACAAAUAGGGCUUGAUCUCCUUGCUUCUGGCUAUCCCGAGGUUGCCGGGGCACCGCAUCCCGCCCGGCUGCACGUCCGACGCAGCAUUAUGCACAGUACGAGCACAAAAACGAGCUCAAAACGAGCACAAAACGCGCAUUAUCGCUUUGUUGCUACGUGCGUUUCGCGUUGCCAACGAGCCGUCGAGCUGCAUUAA